UUUGGAGUGCGCGGGCCGGAAGUUCCCGUUGCCUUGCACAGCUGCCUCGAAGGUGCCGCUGCGCGACUGUUCGUGGGGCCUUGCCUGCGUGUGCCCGCGGCCUAGCUGCUACCAUGAGCCGGCCCAGCCGGCUGCAGAGGCAAGUUUUGAGCUUAUACCGUGAGCUGCUGCGCGCUGGGCGCGGGAAGCCGGGCGCCGAGGCGCGGGUGCGGGCCGAGUUCCGGCAACACGCUUCCUUGCCACGCUCCGACGUGCUGCGUAUAGAGUACCUGUACCGCCGCGGGCGGCGCCAGCUGCAGCUGCUGCGCUCCGGCCACGCCACGGCCAUGGGUGCCUUCGUGCGCUCGCGGGGUCCAACCGAGGAAUCCAGAGGCGCGGGGGCCGCAGGGACCCAGCCUGACAAGGGUGAUGGUCCGAGGAAUCCGUUCGAUAGCAUGGGGACACCAGAGACCACUACCGAUGGGCGGUGACAGGCAGAGGAGCUCACCCGGUAGCACAGGGGAACCGAGGGCCCGCCUGACUGUGUGGGGGUCCGAGGAACCCUCCUGAUAGAGGGUGAGAUGUCUUGAGAAGACCAGCUGGAUGGAUUGGGGGAAUCGGAGAGCCCUCCUAGCGACGUGGGGUCCUCGAGACCCCCAGGAUGGAUGCUAAGAGAUGCCUGACCUUGCCCGAUCCGUGAUAACGGGUCUAACUCUCCCCAUGAGGAUUUGGGGCGGCUUGGUUGCCGGCUGGCUGAACUGUGUCUAGCUGAGAGCUACUUACCCGAAAGCAUGGGGAACCAGGACGCCCGCCAUCGGACAGAAAGAGACACCGUUCUCUUGACCCCGGGCUCCCCUGUCUUGUAUUUAACUCUGAGAAGAGCAUACUUUUUGCUGAGAAGUUUGGGAAGAUAUCCUGAUGGAUGGUGAGAAGCCCCGAAUCCCCCCUUCGGAAAACUUUCUUCCCAUUAAUUGCGGCAGACUAGGACCUGGGAGGAAGGGGCUGGGGUAUCUUACCCCAUCUGAUCAACUAAAAACCCCUCAAGACCUGUACUUGAUGAUUCUAAGGGGGAACCCUGACUCCUGCGCCCUUCUCCCAGGACUGUUGAACAAAAGGAAUAAACUUGGGGAUGUGAUUACUUCCCUGUUGGUGGUCUUAAA